AUGUACGGGUUUAGAAGGCAAUUACAUUUGACGACUAGAGUAUUAAAUAAAGCAGUUCCAAAACAAUGGACUGAAUCGGUUCAAAGGCUCUUAUCGAAUCAAUCUCUUUCAGAAAACCUACCUAAAAGUCAAUAUCAAGAAAUUGGAUGUCUAGAACCUUAUGAAAUAGCAAAUAGAUUCAAGGUGAUGCUAGAGCAAAAUCCUAGGAUCUCUUUCGAUGAAAGAGUAAAUAUUCAUAACAAGUUGAUAGAAGAAAUGACAAGAUACGAUUUUGCUGUUGCAGCUAUUCAUUCCAAAGAACUUCAGAAAAUAUCAGCGCAGUUGUCUAUACCUGCAUUCAUUGAAGUUUUAAGAAACAAUCCAGGCAGAGUUAAGAGCUCUUGGGAAUUCUUCGAAGAAAAUUAUAAUUUAGUGAAGAAAUCAGACCAAGCUUUGGUAUCGGUGAUAGAAAAGCUUGUUUAUUUCGAUCCAGUUGAUAUUCAAGACGGAAAAUCUAAGAUGACAGUUCAAGACCUUGCAAGAACUAUUUGCUUGAUCUCUUUAUUAGAAGAGAAAAGUAGUUUACCUCAACAUAUAUGGGAAAAAAUAAUUCUUAACGCAAUUCAAACAAAAUCCUCCAUUGUCCUUCCUAUUAUUUUUGAAGGGAUUCCAAAUCAUUACGAAAUCCCAUUACCCUUAGACCUUGCGGAAAUUACGGACUAUCAAAUCAUCAGUUUAUUAUCUAAAAGAAAUUUGGAUUCACUAUUCAAGGACAAUAAGGAGUUGUUUGUUAAAUACUUUUCAUUACUUGGUGUAAAUGAUACAAUACACCUUACAGAAGACGAAAUCCAAGCAUAUGAUGCGCUGAACAAGGAACUAAAGCGCCUUAAAAAGUGUGUAGAGAUCGAUCUUCAAACACCGGAACUCCCUAAGCUCAAAACUCAAGAGUCGUUUGAUGAAAUUGUGUCCUAUAUCAUAUCAUCAGAAUUAGAUAAAAAUGAGUUGGAUUGGGCAAGAAUGAUGUUAAGGUAUUUAGGUUUGCAUAAAGGUGAUACCAAAAUGGCAUUGAAACUAUAUCAUGAAUACUUAAUGGCUUAUCCUUCGCAUUCUGGCGACUUAAUGUAUGAAAUGUUCUUGUGUUUCGCCUACCAGAGCUUUGUAGGCUCAAAUGAUAAAUUACUUCAAGUGGCAGAAACGCUAGUUCCAUCUGAUAUUGACAGUAAAACAAGGGUCAAUAUUCUACGUGCGUUGAUUUUGGUGAAUUCUAAGUCUGAUCCUCAUCAAAGUUUGCAGAUUUUCAAUAAUAACAUUCAAAAUACCAGUAAAGAAAAGAAUCCUAUUACUGAGAUUUCAGAUUCUGCUUUGCUAGUUGAGGCUCUUAUAUUAGCAUUUUUAAGAAACAAGGACAGGGAUUUCGCCCACGUUAUUUUUGAAGGGGCUGCAAGGGAAAAGAUCAUUGACGGACCAACGUCUGUUAAGAGAAUUAAGAAUAUAUUAACUUUGUAUGGCGAAAGUAUUGAACAGGAUCAAUGUCAGAAAGUUAUGGAUGAAGAAAUUGAAAGGGUGCUAAAAGCGCUUUAG